GGUAGAGACCGUGACGAAGUCAGUUUGACGUUGUAUACCCAGCAAAAACACACAGUCCCCAUUGGUCAUGUGCUCCCCAACAGCAAACUGACUUCGCCACUGUAAGCCGUAGGAAAGAUUGCCGGGGACCAAAACAACAGCCCCUGCAUAAAUAACUCGUGUUUCAAGAGUAUUCAGCUAAUGACCGAAAAAGAGGAGACCAUGGACACCUCUGAUAUCCAUGACAGUGCGCCGUCAGCAAAGAAGAAUGGACGCACCUCGUUACUGGACAGCGGGGAGGACUUCGAGGUUUUAGAUGAAGAGGACAUUGAUGACGACCCCCCUCCAUUGGAAGAUGCCGGGGGAGGGAAGGGGAAAAACACAGACGAGUCUGACAAGAGAAGUGCAGACACAGAUCCAGACCCUUCAGGUCAAGUCGAUGAAUGGCUGGAUGUGUUAGGUAAUGAUCAGCUAAAGAAAAAAGUCCUGGAGGCCGGGCAAGGCCGAGACAGUCGGCCACAGAAAGGACAGAAUGUCAAGAUUCAUCUUAAGACCUACCUGAAGGACGGGAAACUGGUAGAGGAGCAGUCUGACCUCGCUUUCACUCUUGGAGACGGUGAUGUUAUCCAGGCUCUGGAUCUCACAGUGCAGCUCAUGGAAAAGGGAGAGAAGGCUCUCAUCCAGACAGAUGCAAAAUAUGCAUAUGGUACCCGCGGGAGUCUUGAACCUGAGGUCCCCCCCAGUGCUGAGCUGUCCCUAGAAGUGGAACUGCUGGAAGCUACUGAUGCUCCAGACCUAGAGCUGCUGCCCCCUGCAGAAAAGAUUGCCCUUGCCAGCCAUAAGAGAGAGAGGGGCAAUGUUCAUUAUCAGCGUGGGGACUAUGCUUUUGCUGUCAACUCAUAUAGCAUUGCCCUGCAGAUAACAGAGUCUAGUUCUAAAGUGGACAUUAGUCCUGAGGAGGAGAAUGAGCUGAUGGAUGUGAAAGUGAAGUGUUUAAACAACAUGGCUGCUUCUCAGCUGAAACUGGACCACUAUGAUGCAGCACUUAAAUCUUGUGUCUCAGCGCUGGCGCACCAACCAGAGAACAUCAAGGCACUUUUCCGCAUGGGCAAGGUAUUGGCCCUGCAAGGUGAAUACACAGAAGCCAUUCAAACUUUAAGGAAGGCACUGAAGUUGGAACCAAGCAACAAGACUAUCCACGCAGAGCUCUCCAAGCUGGUGAAGAAGCACUCGGAGCAGAGAGGAGCAGAACAGGCUAUGUAUAAGAAGAUGCUGGGUAACCCCACUAGCGGCAGCAGCAGCACACAGAAACACCGGGCCAAGUCUUCAUGGGGUCUCAGCUGGAAGUGGCUAUUUGGUGCCACCGCAGUAGCCAUUGGCGGUGUAGCAUUAUCUGUUGUCAUAGCUGCUAGAAACUGAGCCAGGCGAGUAGUUAUGGCCUGACCACUCCCCUGCAAUGUGAGAGCCUAAACACAGAAGCACAUCUGGCGGUGCCUUCUGACCUUUGGUCAAAGGGAGGGAGGUGGAAAUGUCAGUUGGUCAGUUGCCUCUUCACUGUCACUCUCCUUUCUCUGCUAUGUUUGAGAAUUAUAUGUGACAAAUCAUAAAACAUUAACAUUUGCAUAUGGGAAAUGUAUUUCCAACCUUAUAAAUGUGUAAGUUUAUGCUUAUGUCACAUCGCCAGAAACUGUUUUCUUCUGCUGCCAUUGUUUUUGCCUGGUAGUUGAUUAUUUAAGCAUUGAAAUGAAAAAUAAUUGAUAAUAGAUUCAGAUAGAAGCUAUUUAUAUAAUAUUGCUCCCAUUAAAAAUUCAUUGUGAUAUAGUCCUAUGUUAUGCUAUAGUUUUAAAGCGUCAGAUUGUACAGUUAAAUUAAUACUCCCUAUUCAGAGAGACCAUGUGAUUUAACUCUGUUUUAAUUACGGUACAAUGAUAUCAUCUGGUAUAAUGCAGAUGCUGUAAUACUUUAGGCUCACACACUGGCAACACACUUUGCUUGUGUGCUCGCUCUCUCACCCUUUUUAAAGACACUACUCAUACAAUGAGUGACCAGAAAAAUAGAAACACUUCUACAGUGUAAUACAAUACAACAGUCCUGAGAUAUAUACUACCUUAUUUCAAAUUUUCAGUUUUUGUUGACACAGUUUCUGAAAUUGUUUCCGUGUUGAGUGUGUUGUGUUUCUAAAAUUGUACCCACCUCAUUAAGUCAUAUGAAGGAGCAAAAACACCAGAAAGACCUCACAAUAUAAUGCAGUUAAACAGCAAAACAUAACAAAGAGCAGCCUCAAAAUGUACCAUGGAACUGAAUUAACGCCUGUCUGACAUGGUGUCACCAAUUGUAAACAACAGUACUACAUAAAUAUACAUUACUGUUUUAUUGGAUUGAAAUUCAGUGCCUCUGUACUCUUGGUCACUCAUGUAUAAAAACAUUAAAGCGUCAGCCAAAGUAGAUAGAUUGUACUUUCUGUUCAGCAUUCCUAAAAUAACUCAUUUUAUAUGGAGAGAGGUGCAGUUAUUAUCUUUUAAAACAAGGGGAGAAUGGUACAUUGAGUUUCUCAGUGAUUUGGCUGUGAAUACUGCUGAAGGAGAGUUUAUUUUUACUAUCUAAUUUCCGUUAGUUAUGCCACAAUCUUUGAUGAUUAAGACCAAAUGGAUGACCCUUCAAGUACAAUGUUGGGUGUGUAUGUUUUUUUUUUUUCUUCCCUGCAUUCCAUGCCUGCAAAGUUUUCCUUAGAUUAUGCUUCUUUACACUGUUUUUGUUCUUUGUUUUCUUACAAACAGUAAAUGUGACACCAUUGAAUCUGUGAGUAGUUAGUAGCCCUAUAGAGCCAAAAGUUGCAUAAAGUCUUGAUGACAAAAUGCUUAUAAAAGUUUCUGGCAUUCCCUGCAUUUGUUAAUUUUAUAUUCAUCACAAUAAAAUUUGUCUGUUAUCAAA